CCGCGCCUGGCCUGGCCUGGCCGCCGCUGCCUCUCCAAACACCGCACAGGUCCCAGGAAGCAGCGCCCGAGGAGGAGGAAGCGCAGCGGCGCGGCUCCCGCAUGGAGCCCAACGUGCGCUUCUGGAUCACCGAACGUCAAUCUUUUAUUCAGAGAUUUCUUCAGUGGACAGAAUUGUUGGAUCCUACAAAUUUGGUUGUUUCAAUUGAAAAAAUAGAAAAAUCAAGGCAACUAUUGUUAACAAAUGAAGAUGCGUCCAUACGUGACUUGGAGGACCAAAGGGUAAAAGACGCUUGGAAGAGAAGUCUCUCAACCGUGCAUCCUGACAACAGCAAACUGAUUCCCGUUCCUUUUCGACCUGCAGGCCGUUAAAGAUACAGCAACAUCCAGAGUAGUGCUGUUCGGGACCUCAGCUUUCAUCCCUGAAGUCUUCUCGCACUUUUUUGUAAGGACCCAGUUUUUCCGGCAAUAUCCAUGGUCAUUAUGGACCUUCAAGCUGUCUUGUACUGUCUUAGUAAUGGGACUGAUGGUGCCGGUUUCUUUUAGUAUAUUCCCACAAAUUGAACGGAUACAGUGCAGUGAACUUGAAAAGGAAAUUCAGUCUGCAACAGAAGAAACAGAACUCUUCUAUAACAGAGGGGUGUAAGGAUGUGUUUUCGGUGAAUUUGUUUGGUUCCGGCUUGAACACCUUCCUCUCUGCUCGAGCUGUCCGAUCGGAGAACUCUGCAGCAGGUCUGGCACCCGAGGCGUCUGCGCCCACAGGUUGCCUUCCAAUGACACAGGCCAUGGCCCUUUCAAGGCUGCUGCCUGGGCUUUCGAGCCUGGAUGGAAGGAGAGAAGAGAAAGGAGAGGCCGUUCUGUCUGACCCACCCCCAUGGGGCUGCAGAAAGAACGGCUGAUAGAAGAGUCCAUUUUCUAUGUGUUCAUCAGCCUCUGAAGGACACUGUGAAAUGACUAAUAAACUUACCAAAAGAGGCCCGCAGAUUUGGUGCCAGGAGGUUCUGGUGCUGGCCAGUUGUUUUGGUUUUCACCGUGAAGGAGGCAGGGUCAUUGGCCAGUGAGGAGAGAGAGGAGGUGGGUGGCUGAGGGCAGAGAUGUUAAGCAGUCCAGAACGGGAGGAAGCUGAGGAGGGAGAUAGGGUGGCUCUGGGGCUCAGAGGCCUUCAGCGCUCACCAGAGGUUCCUGUUACCUUGAGAUGGGCCAUCAAUGGAAUGCCCGGGCCCUGGGCAUGGUGGACCCUUCUUGAUUUUUUCGAACACUCAACUUUUGGUAAGUUUAUUAGUCAUUUCACAGUGUCCUUCAGAGGCCUCCUUGCAAGGCCAGCUGUGCCCUCGGCUCUGGGCCCCCUCCGGCCGGAUUCCCUCAGGGCCUGGUUCUGCAGCUGCCGGGCCUCCUCCCUCCUUCGCAGUCACAUUUGAACUACGUGACUCACCAGCCUUAUUAAACAAGCAAACAUCCUUCGAGAGCCAAA